CUCAGUUUGAAUAGGAAAAAAUGGAGAAAUGAGAAAAUUCAAAGUAGAUGCACCAAUUAACUUUAAAAAGCCUGGUGAAAAUAAUGAAGAGCGCCGUGUUCAGCGCUCUCAGAAUAUUUUAAAACCAGCAGUACUUCGUCUUGAAAAUCCCCAUUUUCGUGUUCCGUCAACAUAUCAGUCCAAGGGAGCUACAGUCGAGAAUUCAGGUUUUCGCUAUAAAGAAAAUGGCGACUAUUUAAAGCUAUCACCAAUUACCACUGCGGCAGUUUUAAAUUGGAAUUUUCGUGCUCCGAGAAUAUUUCCCUUCCCAAAACAUACAUUGCCAUAUUCAUUAAAAUAUAGUUCAGUUCAGUGCUCUCAGAAUGUAUUAAAACCAGCAAUACUUCAUCUUGAAAACCCCUAUUUUCGUCUUCCGUCAACAUUUCAGUCCAAAGAAGCCACAAUCGAGAGUUCAGGUCUUCGCUGUAAGAAAAGUGAAAAAUUUUUUAAGCAACCACCAUGUACCACUGAGGCAGUUUUGAAUUGGAAUGUUCGUGCUCCGAGAUUAUUUUCCCUCCCAAAAGAUACAUUGUCAUAUUCAUUCCAAUUAUAUUGCGUAGAGAAGUGGGUUGAACAUUCUACAGCAUAUUUGGGAAGGUAUGAAUACAACAUCGAACCACCAAUAUAUCAAUUUACUAAUUA